AUGGGGUCUGAGCCAGCAGGUGACGGUGGUGUACCGGACGCAGGCCGUUCUCAGCAAAACGACGAGGCUUUGAGGCAGUCGGACGGUGACUCAUUUGCGACACGCUUAGGGCGAUCUGCGGCUGGGCUUUCGAGAAGCGUCCUGCAGAGCACACCAACAGCGAGCGACCUGGCCGGUGUGGCUUCCUCGGGAAAGUCUGGACCAUCAACAUCACCAGCAGCCACGAAUGUUGGUUUUCCAGCUGAGAACUCUUCUUCUACUGGCGCAUCAACCUCCAGGGGUGCUUUCCGACCAGGGCAUGCCGAUACCCAUGUUGCUGCCGAGGAAGCAGCAUUCUCUGAAUUUCUGGACAGCACAAAUGUGUUCGUUCCAACAGAGCCUGUCGGUCUGGCUGGUGCAUGGGAGACAUCGGGCGCUGGAGUCUCGCAAUACCCCGGCAAUAGAUCAUCACGAGACGUCAUUACCUCGUCCGUAGCCGAGCAGCAGGAACGAGAUGGUGUCGAGGUCGUCCGUUUGCUAUCGCAGGUGGACGAAGAGACCCCAGAGGACGAGGCUCAGAUGAGGCUCACCGAGGCGGAGCUGAAGAAACUACGCCAAGCACUCUUUGAGGACGGAUCGCCGGCCCAGAUCUCGGCAUCUGACUGGAACAACAUGCUCAACUUCGUACCGGACUUUUUGCGUGAGCCGAAUGGCAACUCUGAAGGAGUUGGCGCCGCUGAGAGUAGCUUCACGACCCUGGGCGUCACGGAUCUGGCCGAGGCGGGCCAGCUGUGGCUCGAGGACUGGAAUCGAGUGCUCACAGGCUACACGGAUGAAGUUUGGGGGGACCUCGGUGACAUAGUCCAAGAGGCUCGAACGGAGGUUCAGCAGAUCAAGGAUGAUCAAGCCACCCAGAAACCAGAUCCGACGGCACUACGGCGACUUCAAUCAACACUCCGACGUGUGCGAGCCAAAUUAUAG